AUGUCAGUAGCAGGCGGGGUAGAAAAUUCGGUCUCGAACGCUAGACUAUACGGCUGCCAGGCCUGGGCUCUCUUCCUGCGGCCGAAGAUGCAGUGGGAGUGCAAACCUAUCCGUGAAGACAACAUACGUCUCUUUGCAGAACGGCUGCCUCUGUACAAGUACGACACGAAGAGGUGUCUCCCUCAUGCAAGCUACCUCAUUAACCUCGGCAACCCUGAUAAAGAGAAAAGGGCCAAGAGUCUAGAUGCAUUCUUGGACGAGCUGCGUCGGUGUGCUCUGCUGAAGAUCGGACUGUACAAUUUCCACCCUGGCAGCGGAGUGGGUGAGAUCUCCAAGGAGGAGGCCUGCACGAAUAUAGCAAUGAGCAUCAAUGCAGCUCAUGCAAGCCUCCUCGCAGAGGGUCUGAAUUGCCCGAUCAUAUUGCUUGAGAACAUGGCAGGACAAGGAAAGCAGGUCGGUGGACGAUUCGAAGAGCUAGCACUCGUCAUCGAGCAAGUGCAUGACAAGACAAGAGUUGGCGUAUGCCUCGACACCGCUCAUGCCUUUGCCUCUGGCUUCGACAUCCGCACGAAAGAGGGGUUUGAGAGCAUGAUGAGCGAUUUUGACAGGUGUAUUGGUAUACAGUACCUUAAGGGAGUGCACAUGAAUGACUCCCUGACCCCUCUAGCCUCGAACAAGGAUCGUCACGCCAACAUCGGAAGCGGAGAGAUCGGCCUGCCAGCUUUCCACUGCAUCAUGAACGACGCCCGUUUCAAGGGGAUCCCCCUCGUUCUGGAGACGCCUGCUGCGUCCUGGAAGAUAUGGCAAGGCGAAAUUCAGGCUUUAUACGCAGCAGCUGAAGGGAAGCCCCCACUAGUCAAGAGGAAGCGUCAGACGAAGACGAAAGGGGAGCGGAAGGUGAACACUCAAGACGGAAGCGAGGCCAUGGAUCGGCGGGGCUCAGAGACCCUGGGAAGCAAGUAG